AUGCUCACACAGCCUCAUCUUGGUACCAACUCGCGUGCAAAAGCUGUACGCGCCAAGCGCGACCUUGGAUGGGCUCCCACCAAAGGGGACGCCGACUUCUACAAGAACAUCGAGGAUGAGGUGGCGGCUAUCCUUGUCGAUCCCCGUAGCACGGACACUUCGGCCGACAUCAACCAUCUUGUAGUGAGGCGGAUCGGCACAUCCGGUGCGAUCGGCACAUCUGGUUCAUUGGGACCUCAUCUUGGUACCAACUCGCGUGCAAAAGCUGUACGCGCCAAGCGCGACCUUGGAUGGGCUCCCACCAAAGGGGACGCCGACUUCUACAAGAACAUCGAGGAUGAGGUGGCGGCUAUCCUUGUCGAUCCCCGUAGCACGGACACUUCGGCCGACAUCAACCAUCUUGUAGUGGUGCAGUGA